CGAUGCCUUUUCUCGGGCAGGACUGGCGAUCCCCCGGGCAGAGCUGGGUGAAGACGGCGGACGGCUGGACCCGGUUCCUGAGCGCGAACGAGAGCGGCUAUCUGGGCGAGCGGAGCAGUUACUGCAGAAAAGAAGACUAUGAGAAGGAGAACAUUUUCAACAGCAUCAACUGUGACGUCGCUGUAAAGAAGAGAAAGAAAGACCAUCUGAACAACAAGACAAAGAUUCAGUAUUUUCAUCAAGAAAAAUGGAUUUACGUACACAAGGGAAGCACCAAAGAACGUCACGGCUAUUGCACCCUUGGAGAAGCUUUCAACAGACUCGAUUUUUCAAAUGCUAUUCUGGAUUCCAGGCGAUUCAACUACGUCGUACGGCUGUUGGAACUGAUAGCAAAGUCCCAGCUAACGUCGCUGAGUGGAAUUGCCCAGAAAAACUACAUGAACAUCUUGGAAAAAGUCGUUCAGAAAGUCCUGGAAGACCAGCAGAAUAUCAGAUUAAUAAGGGAACUGCUGCAGACCCUUUAUACGUCCCUUUGUACCCUGGUCCAAAGUGUUGGCAAGUCUGUUUUGGUUGGAAACAUCAAUAUGUGGGUACACAGAAUGGAGACGAUCCUUCACUGGCAGCAGCAGCUGAAUAACAUCCAAAUCACCAGGCCUCCCUUUAAAGGUCUGACUUUCACAGACCUGCCCUUAUGUUUACAAUUGAACAUCAUGCAGCGGCUAACAGAUGGGAGAGACAUCGUGAGCCUUGGGCAAGUGGCGCCGAGUCUUCAGGUGCUGAGCGAGGACCGGCUGCUCUGGAAAAAACUUUGCCACUACCACUUCACAGACAGACAGAUCCGCAAGCGUUUAAUCUUGUCAGAUAAAGGACAUUUGGAUUGGAAGAAGAUGUACUUCAAGCUUGUGAGAUGCUACCCAAGGAAGGAGCAGUAUGGAGAUACUUUGCAGCUCUGCAAACACUGCCAUAUCCUCUCCUGGAAGGGCACCGAUCAUCCGUGUACAGCUAACAACCCAGAGAGCUGCUCCGUUUCUCUUUCGCCCCAGGACUUCAUCAACUUGUUCAGAUUUUGAACUCCAGAGCGAUUUCACUGUACCUCUCAAUAUCUUGAAGGGACGCUUCGUACUUCUGAGAAGACCCGCUCGGCCUGUAUAUAGAGUGUAAAUAGUGCAGUUUGG